AAGGCGAUGAUUCCCAGAUCCCGGCAUCCCUCGCUCCGCUGGCAGCGGCUCCGGGCCGGGCCCGGCGCUCCCGCCGCCCUCGGGCAUUGCGGGCCCAGCCCCGGAGAGCCCCGCGGACCCCGGCAUCCCCGGGCGGCGCAUCCCGCCGGGAUCGGCCCUUCCCGGCCCGCGGCCCAUGCGGACACCGAGCGGCGGCCGCGGCCUGCCCAGGAACGCCCCUGGAGCAGCUGAGCCCCCCCCGCCAUGGCCUCGCCCCCCCCGCCUGCAGUAGGAUCUCCCCCGGAUCCCCCCAGCCCCGCGGGGAUGGAGGAGCUGGGCCAGGCCUUCGACUUCGAGGACAGCGAGGAGGAGGAGGAGGAGGAGGGGGAGGACGAGGACUCGGAUUCGGGAGCUGAUCCCGGAGUUGAUCCCAGAGCCGAUCCCGGUGCUGACAUCGCUCUCCAGGCGCCCCCGCGCCGGCGGCGCCCGCCCAGCUCCGAAGGGCUGGAGCCAGAGACCAAGGAAGGGAUCCCAGCACAGGUGAGCAACGGCGAGGCCGGAGGAGAUUCCCAGAUCCGGACCCGCACCUGGAAGAGGGAGAGCAUCUGCCGAGGGGAGCGUUUCUCCUUCCCGGAGGUGGAGGACGAGGUCAUCUACGACGACGUUCCCUGCGAGGGCCUGGAUGUGGAGCAGGACGGCGCGGGGCUGAUCUACGCCGAGGUGCAGCGCGGGGAGGGGACGCGCCUGGGGCAGGACCUGGGCUGGAGCUCCAGCGAGUUCGAGAGCUACAGCGAGGGCGAGUCCGGAGAGGAAUCCCGGCCGGAAUCCCGGCGGGACGCGGAGCCGGCCAAGCUCCGCGCGGCGUUCCAGCCCAAGGUGUCGCAGCUGAUGCGGGCGGCGCGCAGCGGCACCAAGGACGGGCUGGAGCGCACGCGCAUGGCCGUGCUGCGCAGGGUCACCUUCCUGCAGCGCCGCGACGGCCCAGGGGAUGGGGAGCGCAGGAGGAGCGCGGCCGAGGCGGAGAAGCCGCCGCGCUCCCGCCGGAGCUCCCGGGUUUCCCUGGAGCAGCCCGGGGCAGGGGACUCGGAGGAGGAGGACACCGGCUUCCUGGAGGUCACCGUGUCCGACAUGAGGCACCCCCCGCCCGAGCUGGGCCCCGCGCCCGAGGGGCUGAGCCCGCAGCAGGUGCUCCGGCGGCACAUCCUGGGCUCCAUCGUGCAGAGCGAGCGCAGCUACGUGGACUCCCUGAAGCGCAUCCUGCAGGAUUACCGGAACCCGCUGCUGGAGAUGGAGCCCAAGGUGCUGAGCGCCCGCAAGUGCCAGGUGGUGUUCUUCCGGCUGAAGGAGAUCCUGCAGUGCCACUCCAUGUUCCAGAUCGCCCUGGCCUCGCGCGUGGCCGAGUGGGACUCCAACGAGAAGAUCGGGGACCUCUUCGUGGCCUCGUUCUCCAAGUCCAUGGUGCUGGACGUCUACAGCGACUACGUCAACAACUUCACCACGGCCAUGUCCCUGAUCAAGAAGGCCUGUCUGACCAAACCUGCCUUCCUGGACUUCCUCAAGAAGCGGCAGAUGGCCAGCGCUGACCGCGUCACGCUCUACGGGCUGAUGGUGAAGCCCAUCCAGAGGUUCCCUCAGUUCAUCCUCCUCCUGCAGGACAUGCUGAAGAACACCCCGCGCGGCCACGCCGACCGCCUGUCCCUGCAGCUGGCGCUGACCGAGCUGGAGACGCUGGCCGAGAAACUCAACGAGCAGAAGCGCUUGGCCGACCAGGUGGCCGAGAUGCAGCAGCUCAGCAAGAGCAUCAGCGACCGCAGCAGCUUCAACAAGCUGCUGAGCUCGGGGCAGCGGCAGCUGCUGCUCUGCGAGACGCUGACCGAGACGGUGUACGGCGACCGCGGGCAGCUGCUCAAGUCCAAGGAGAGGAAGGUGUUCCUGCUCAGCGACCUCCUGGUCUGCGCCAACGUCAACUUCAAGCCAGUGCCUGCAGGAGGCCAGCUGGAAAUCAGCAGCCUCACAUUUUGGGGUUCCCGUAUGGUAGGCCAGCUGGAAAUCAGCAGCCUGGUGCCCCUGGGCCCCAAGUACGUGCUGAAGUGGAGCACGGCCCUCCCGCAGGUGCAGGUGGUGGAGAACCUGAACAUGACGGUGGCGCAGGACUGGUGCCUGGCCCUGCAGAGGAUGAUGAAGGUCAAGGAGGAGGAGAUCCACUCGGCCAACAAGUGCCGCCUGCGGCUGCUGCUGCCCGGGAAACCGGACAA